AUGUCAGACCUGGAACAACUUAAAGAUCACCCAACCGAGACUACCCACCUACUGCCAGAUGAUGUCCUCAGAUGUUACGAAAUAAUAUGUGCUGCAAAUCAGAAAUUGGAGCAGGAACUUGAGAGAGUUGGUUCCAAUGGACGGGAGGAUUAUGACAAGGACCUGGGGCGAUGGAAGGUAGAGACACAGAAACUCGGUAAUAGUAAACUUCAGCCAAGGAAGUUUGCAUUCAUUGGAAGGACUGGAGUCGGCAAGAGCACUGCCAUUAAUGCGAUAUUAGGUGCGCCCGUAUUAUCGACGGGAGCUGACGUGAGGGUCAGAAACAAAUCCAUCUUCGUCCCCAUCUCGCUUCUGACACUUUUACCGUGCAGAGCAUGCACAUCUGUUCAGACGGAAGUAAUCUACGAAAAUUUGCCUCGUUCAGAGUGGAGGGCAAGCAUCAAAUUCAUUGAUUAUGAUGACUGGGAAAAGACUCUAGCGAACAUGCUGGACGAUAUAAAAUCAUACCGUGACAGAGGCUCUUCGAAUACCGGGCGUGGUAUUCACGAGGAUAGCGAGCCUGCGAUGAAUGCAUGGGGAAUGUUGAAAGAGGUGUAUCCCCACCUUCGUGCCCUAUCGUUCCCCCCGCCUGAACAAGAUAUAUAUUUACUUCUUGAGCACGAUGCUGUAGCGUCCAAGCUCGGAACCGAAAUUUCGAUAAGUGGCGUCGGCUUCGACAAACUGGAAUUACAGCUUCGGCCGUAUCUGACUUCGUACUCAAACACUGUAGCGGGGGAGCCACCGGAGUCAUCUGUCUGGCAUCUAGUAGACAGCGUUCGUAUCUACGGAGCAUUCGAGGUACUUGCAUCCCGUGCGGUUGCGCUCGUAGACGUCCCUGGCUAUGGGGAUGCAAAUAAAACGAGAACCAAUCGGACCGAGGAAUACCUCAAAACUGCUGAGGUUGUUGUAUUAGUCGCAGACAUCAAGCGGGCAGUUGAUGAACAGGCCAUGUGUGAUUAUCUUGCGAAGUUCUUGCGAACAAUGAUUAGGGUAGACGGAAGCAUGGAAUCACUUUUGGUAGUCCUCACUGGGGCAGAUGUGCUAAUUCACGAGGACCAAUUACAUCAUCUCGAUGCACAGCAACGCCGUGUAAUCCAGGAAAUGUCUCAGACCAUUAACAGACUCAGCAACAGCCUAAAAGAGCUCGAGGAUACCAGUAAGACUGCAACUGACCGUUAUGAUAUAACUGCAUUCCAAAAAUUGGUGACUAAUCAACAGAAGAGGGCUGAGAUUACCGAUCAAUUGCAAACACAGAAGGCUGCCAAAAACACAUACAUUGCACACCAACGAGCUGCUCGCGUACAAGAGGUCUUUCUCCAUAUCUAUCGUCAAGUAUACCGCAAUAUCAGCAAACAGGAUAUUUUUGCUGAAGGACCCCCUCCGUUACCCGUCUUUUGUGUUGGGAGCGCAGAUUUCAAACAACUUUCGCGAGAAGAUAAACACAUCAGAGAUCCUGUGGUUUUUACUGACCCAGAAGAUACUGGUAUACCACAAGUGUGUCGACACAUCCACGACUUCGGCCGCAAAAGAGCACUUGCCGACAUCAAGGCCUAUAUGCAUCAAUGUGAUUUGCUAUGUGCCGAAGUCAAUAGUUUCUUCAAGCUUCUUUCUAUCAGGAAAGAUUCGAUGUCAACAGCCCAUGAAAAAACAGCAAGAGCGUUAAAAAAGUUCAAACAUAUUGUCGAGGAGACAUGCAAGGAUUCAGGAGGUAUAAUUGACGACAGCAUUAACGAUCUGGAGAGCGUUCUUCGAGAUGAAGCUAAGAAUGCCGCUGAGUGCAGUCUUAACAUCAUCGAGUCGCUUGGAGAAGAUUGCCGAUAUCAGACCUACCGUGCACUCAUGCGCAGAGAGGGCGAAUGGCAAUCGAUCGAUCUAAAUGAGCAACUCGUAUGUGACAUGUUGGAGGGGACUGUAUCAAGUGUAUGGCACGAAUUGUUCAAUGAUUCCUGGAAAUCAGAACUAGAGCUGCUCAUCAAUGCGAUUUUGCUUCACUAUCGUGUGGUGAUAGGCUCUAUUAAGGACGAAACAAAACAACUCGUAAAAAACAAAGUUGCAACACGCGUUCAAAAAGCAUGUGAUGCCAUUCAGCCUGAGGAUGUAUUGAAUACUGCAAAAAAUCGUUAUUUGUUUGCCAUUUCCAAGAUGCAAAGAGAAUUCGGUGGAUCAUUCAAGGGAUUUAUUCGUGACGAACUCGAAGCCCAUUAUGUUAACGUUGGAAGUGAGCAUGGCAAGGGAAUGUUCCAACGAAUGAAGGAUAUGAAUGAGGAGCAGUUCAGUCCGCAUAAUGCUGAAAAGCUCUAUUCUGAGCUCGUUGAUAAAGUUAUGUUGGCUAUCCGCUCCGCAAAGAAUCAGGGGGACAGGGCGCUUGAAGAAACAAUCCCCCGAUUAUAUGCUCACAUCGAGCGUACUCUUAUCUGCAUUCGGCAAAGCAAUAAAAUGAGCAACGAUACACGGAAGAAGAUGCUGACAUUCCUUGAAGAACAGUACAGCACAUCUCUAGCAGAUGUCAGAAGCAUCACGGAUAGGUAUGAAGAGUGAUGUACCGAUGGUAGAGUGAAGUUUGGAACUUGGUUGUACUUCUUAAGACUUGUAAAAUCUUCCUUAUGUAUCAUUACUUUACAGUUGCUUGAGCUUGGGCCAUAUGCACAUUCCCGGAAUAAAUAUACAUCUCUAUCGCUCAUAUUAUUGUAACUACUGAUCUGGUGCAAUAACGUACCUGUGCAUGACAAUUGGAAGAUGCUCAUUCCAGUGAUUUCUGGUCCGGUUGCAGGAAGCAUUCGGAUGGAAUCGUUGGUGGUGGGUCAAAGUAAAU